AGCCUUGAAUAGUGCUUGGCCGUGCUCCUCCUGAGUGCUCCCUGGGAAAGCGAUAAUGAUCACAUUCAUGAACAACUCGGACAGCGAGGAGGAGCCCUGCAAUGAAAGAACAUCCCUGAUGUCUGCAGAGAGCCCUCCAGUACCCUCCUACCAGGAUGGCCUGCCAGCCUCAGAAGCAGGGGAACCGCAGGCACAUCGGAAGAGGCGAACAGGUAGCAGCCGUAGCCCUAACAAUAUUGCUGAUGGGGAUAUGUCUGACUCGGGUGUUCCAGUGAGAGAAAGUGCCUUGGAAAAUGAAGAGGAGGAACUGACUCUGAAAUAUGGAGCAAAGCAUGUAAUCAUGCUCUUUGUGCCUGUCACCCUUUGUAUGAUUGUUGUCGUCGCCACCAUAAAGUCAGUGCGCUUCUAUACGGAGAAAAACGGGCAGCUGAUCUACACCCCUUUCAGUGAGGAUACCCCGUCUGUGGGCCAGCGUCUCUUGAACUCAGUGUUGAACACCAUCAUAAUGAUCAGUGUUAUCGUUGUAAUGACCGUGUUCCUAGUUCUGCUCUAUAAAUACCGCUGCUACAAGUUCAUCCAUGGCUGGCUCAUCCUGUCUUCUUUGAUGCUGCUCUUCCUCUUUACCUACAUAUAUCUCGGUGAAGUAUUGAAGACAUACAACGUGGCCAUGGAUUACCCCACUCUGUUCUUAGUCAUCUGGAAUUUUGGGGCUGUUGGAAUGAUUUGUAUACACUGGAAAGGUCCCUUGCAGCUCCAGCAAGCAUAUCUCAUUAUGAUCAGUGCUCUCAUGGCACUGGUUUUCAUUAAAUAUCUACCUGAGUGGUCAGCAUGGGUGAUUCUAGGUGCAAUCUCCAUCUACGAUCUGAUGGCUGUUCUCUGUCCCAAGGGGCCACUGAGAAUGCUGGUAGAAACUGCACAGGAGAGAAAUGAGCCCAUCUUUCCUGCAUUAAUUUAUUCCUCUGCUAUGAUGUGGACAGUUGGAAUGGCAAAGCCAGACACAGCAGCAAGAGGACCAAGUCAGCAGAUGUGGGAUGCAGAAGAUGGGAGAGAGAACCACAGGAGCCCUUCUCAUGCAGACUCUCAGAUGUCGGAGACGAGGAGUCCUAUUCCAACCCGCCCCAUCACUUCUUUUGAGGAGCUCGAGGAGGAGGAAAGGGGUGUGAAGCUGGGCCUUGGAGACUUCAUAUUUUACAGUGUGCUUGUUGGGAAAGCAGCUGCCACAGCUAGUGGAGACUGGAAUACUACGCUGGCGUGCUUUGUAGCCAUUCUCAUAGGUUUAUGCUUAACUCUUUUAUUACUGGCUGUUUUUAAGAAAGCACUGCCUGCUCUUCCCAUCUCCAUCACCUUUGGCUUGGUCUUUUACUUCUCGACAGACAACCUUGUGCGACCGUUCAUGGACACCCUGGCCUCCCACCAGCUGUAUAUUUAGAAGAAGCGGGAGUUACAGGAUUCUUUUUAAAGCUUUGCUGUGAAGUAUGGUACACUGUUUGGAAUAAGUCAUAAAGUUUUACACUUAGUGCCAUAUAUUUGUAAGGAAAACACUAACUCUGUAACAUGAUGUGUACUAAAAAUCUAAUGGUUACAUGUUGAACUGAGAUUUUUCACAGGACUCUUGGACUCCAGUGAAAAGUCUGGCUCACUGCUGAUGUCAGAGCAUUACUUUUAUGUUAUCUGAUGUGCACACUGGCUGUUGUGAGCACAGAAACCUGUAUGUAGCAUGAGACACUGGAGAGGUGAAGGGUCUGAUCUGUGCUUCCAGAAGCUAAGGUGUUUUAGCCCUGGAAUUGCAGUCAGGUUUAACUGUACUCUAGAAUUGCUAAUGCUUCACACUUUGAAGUGUUGUGCAAACAUGCAGUGCGAGUA